CCAUCCGCACCCCCAUCCACAUCCCCCUCACCCUCACCACCAACACCGCCCCUCGACCCCUCCAACCUCCCCACGGGCACGAAAUCCCUCUCGGGAAUCUCCCUCCGCGCCUUCCUGCUCGGCACCACCCUAGGCCUCACCACAAGCCUAACCCUCUACCUGCUCCUCCUGACCACCACCCGACUCUGGCGCCUACCCUUCUUCCUCGCCAGCCUCAGCCUCUUCCACUUCCUGGAGUACUACACCACCGCAACCUACAACCCGCGCUUCGCCGACACCACCGCCUUCCUUCUGACCUCCAACGGCUGGGCUUACAACGUCGCGCACGGGUCCGCGCUCCUCGAAUGCCUACUCUCCAACACCUUAGCCCCGGCGACCUACCACCAGGGCCAGCACCAGGGCCAGGUCCUGAACCUCUUGUCCCGAAUGGGCAUCUACACCUCCGAAAGCAUGGAACCCUUCCAUGCAUACCGCCUCCGAUUCCCGCUCGCCGUCGUCCUCGGCCUCACCCUCGUGGUCCUCGGCCAGACCAUCCGCUCCGUCGCCAUGGCCCAGGCCGGCAGCAGCUUCAACCACACGGUGCAGGUGGCCCGCCGCGACGACCACCGCCUGAUCACCCACGGCGUCUACCGCGUGCUGCGCCACCCGUCCUACUUCGGCUUCUUCUGGUGGGGCAUCGGCACCCAGCUCGUCCUGGGGAACGUCGCCUGUCUCGUCGGGUAUGCCCUGGUCCUGUGGCGGUUCUUCCGGCUGCGCGUGAGGAGAGAGGAGAAUUACCUCUGUGCCUUCUUCGGGGAUCAGUAUCGGGAGUAUAGGAAGAGGAGUUGGGUGGGGAUUCCG